ACUGCUGCUACGCUAUGCUUUAUUAAUAUGGACUCCAUUCACCUAUGAGAACACUUGAAUUUUGUGUAGAGAGAAAAUGGGUGAAGCUGUGGUGGUGAGCAACGAAGGUGUGAGGGAACUGGAAGUAAAAGAAAGAGAGACAGAGAUUGAGAUGGAGACACAGCCAGAGAAGAAGGAGAUCGAAGGUGGUUCAGCAGAUACCCCUUCUGUAGUCAGAUGGGAGAGGUUUCUACCUCGGAAGGUUUUAAGAGUGUUGUUGGUCGAAGCCGACGAUUCUACUCGACAAAUUAUUGCAGCACUCCUCAGGAAAUGCAGUUACAAAGUUGCCACUGUUUCUGAUGGCUUAAAGGCAUGGGAGGUACUGAAAGGAAGACCUCAUAACAUAGACCUCAUAUUGACAGAAGUGGAGCUGCCAUCAAUCUCUGGAUUUGCGCUUCUUACCUUGAUUGCGGAGCACGAACUGUGCAAAAAUAUUCCUGUUAUAAUGAUGUCCUCUCAAGAUUCAGUUAGUACAGUUUAUCAAUGCAUGUUGAGAGGUGCUGCUGACUUUCUUGUCAAGCCUGUUAGGAAAAAUGAGCUGAGGAACUUAUGGCAGCAUGUCUGGAGGAGACAAGCUUCAAGUGGUAGUGUACUUGGGCCCCUGGAUGAGAGUGUUGCACAACAAAAGGUCGAAGCCACUGCGGAAAAUAAUGCAACUAGUAAUCAGUCAAGUGGAUAUAGGGCUUGCAUUCAGAGAAACAGGGAAUGCAUCGAGAAAGGGGGCGACUCUCAGAGCUCUUGUACAAAACCGGAUUUGGAAGAUGAGGAAGCACACAUGGAACAUCUGGAGGACCUUUCACAGCCCAAAUGGAACAAGUCUCUUUCAGGUGACAUGAAUAUACAAAAACAUGAAGAGUGUACCAAAGCGAAUAUGAAGUUUCAAAUGCAUGACUGCGAAGCUGGGGGAUCGCUGGCAGUUACAAGCAAAGAUGAUAAUACAAUUUAUCAGAAAGAAGACAUUGAUCCUGAUAGUCAAUGUGAGCAUGUGGAUGCUAAUAACAUUAGUCAAGCUUGUGAUAACAAUCAUGUUCUUGUCAACUCUUCUGGAGAAGCCAUCGACUUAAUUGGAGCAUUUGAUAAUUACCACCAAUGCGAUUACAUAAGUUCUGGUUCAUGCAAUAAUGCAAACAAGAUCGAUUCUUCAUCACUAUUGGAUCUUUCCUUGAGAAGGUCUCAUCCUAGUGGCUCUGUGAAUCAAGUUACAGAUGAGAGACAUAAAUUGAACCACUCCGAUGCCUCAGCAUUUUCGAGGUACAUUAACAGUGCAAUGCAGUCCCGGCAUUCAACAUCACCCAGCAUUUGUAAUCAACAGAAAGGCUGUGAAGCUAAUUCUGCUAAAAAGUUAACUAAUCACAACCUCGAUUAUAAUUCUGACACUCAUGGACAAACAGUAAGUUCAUCGAAAAAUACGACGGCUAUGCCUACUGGUCAACUUGGACAAGCUGAAAUGUCAUUUCCUUGCCCUCAGCAGAAAGUCUUUCCGGUUCCAGUAAGAGGUAUAAGGUUUGAGAAUCUAAGCACCGCUUAUGGUACUCUGAUGCCUCCAAUAGUUUGGACACAAUCAGAUCUUUCACCAAUGCAAAGUCCAGGUUCAGCUGGCCAUCAGGAACCCUGCUACCAAAUGAAUACAUUUCAGCCAUUCAAUCCUGAAGCCAGAAACUCUCAACAACUUUAUGACCUGAUGGAUCAAAAAGGUGACAGUGCCAAUGAGCAAAUCGAGGACAAGCAGGGGCACAAAUUGGAAUCCUUGGAAGAUCGAGCACAUUUUUCUUCUGCCACUGACCAGAGUGUAAGCAGCAGUUUUUGUAAUGGUGAUGUAAGUCAUCUUAACAGCAUUGGUUGUGGAAGCAAUGGCAACAUCAAUCCAGUUUCAGCCAACAGGGAUACAUCAGAAUGUGGGAAUGAAGAAGGUUUCGUCUUUCCUGAUGGCAAGUCUCAUCGAUCUACACAAAGAGAAGCAGCACUAACCAAAUUCCGGUUGAAGCGGAAAGAAAGAUGCUAUGAGAAGAAGGUACGAUAUGAAAGCAGAAAAAAACUUGCAGAGCAGCGUCCUCGGGUGAAAGGACAGUUUGUUCGUCAAGCGCAUACUGAACCUCAAUUGACACAUGCUGAUAAUCACUGUGGCAACUCAUCAGGUGGUUAGGUAGUUGGCAUGCGAUGAAACAGAGGAGCACAUAGAUCCAUUCUGUAACCAAAGAUACUAGAUCAAUCGGUACAGAUAUUACUUCAACUUGCAUUCUUGAAAGCUUGAGGAACAUAGGGGUAAGGGUACGACGCAAUCUGAAGGUGCUAAUAUUAGUAGCUUGUUCGUUCCUAAAUCCUAAAAUGAGUACAUUAGC